AUGGAGUUGAUGUGUGGCGAGGCAGCUGGCAUCAAGAGGGCUUUAGUAGAUGCCCACCUCCUGCAAGACAAGAGGGUUUUGUCCAACUUGCUGAGCUUGGAGGAGCGCUACGUGCCCAGGGCGUCGUACUUCGAGUGCGGCGUGCAGACCGACAUCCAGCCCUUCAUGAGAAGGACGCUCGCCACGUGGAUGCUGGAGGUAUGUGAAGACCAGCGGUGCGAAGAGGAGGUCUUCACCUUGGCAAUGAAUUAUUUGGACCGGUAUUUGGCCGUGAUGCCGACCAAAAAAAGCCACCUUCAAUUACUCGGAGCCGCGUGCAUGUUCCUGGCUUCCAAGCUCCGAGAAACGAUCCACCUGACCGCCGAAAAGCUGUGCACCUACACGGACAACUCCAUCAGACUCCAAGAGCUGCUGGACAUGGAGCGACUGGUGCUGUGCCGGCUGAGAUGGGACUUGGCUGCCGUAACGCCGCACGACUACUUGGAGCACAUCCUCAGCGAGCUGCCCGUGCCGGCCGAGAAGCUUCAGCUCCUCCGCAAGCACACGUAC